AUGGGUCGCUCUCAGGAGCUCAGUGAAUUCAAGCGUGGCACCGUGAUAGGUUGCCACCUGUGCAAGUCCAUCCAUGAAAUUUCCUUGCUACUAAAUAUUCCACGGUCAACUGUUAGUGGUAUUAUAAUAAAGUGGAAGCAACUGGGAAGAACAGCGACCCAGCCACAAAGUGGUAGGCCACGUAAAAUGACAGAACGGUGUCAGGGAUUAUGGUGUGGGGUGUUUUUCAGGGAAAACUCUUAAGCUGUCAGCAUACCAAGACAUUUUGGACAAUUUAAUUCUCUCAACUUUGUGGGAACAGUUUGAGGAUGGCCCCUUC